CAGGACUUGUUUACUGGAGGAGAGAGAGACGGAGAGAGGGGGAACCUGAGGGAGAGCCAGCGCCGAGCGGAACGGGAAUACAAGUUUUUACACUUGGCCCGUCUUUUUUUACGAGAAAAAUCUUUUUAUCUUCGUUUACCUCAUCCCCCCGUUUCCACUCCCGGAGGGGGGGCACUCACUUUGUGUGCGUGCGGGCGUUUUUCCUCCUCAUUUCAACUCUAUCGCCGACACUGAAACCUCGUUUGUUUUGGAUUAGCUUAGCACAGGCUAGCUGUUUUUCCCCGCCGCCACCAGCUAGCGUUCAUGUGAGAAAAGAAACGGGCGGCGUGGCGGAGACUUCCCUCACUUCACGGCAGCGUGUGGGUCAAACGGAGCCGCCAUGCUCGUCCAUUACCCCCGCGGCGAACGGAGACACGAGUGACGGUUUUUCAAGUUUUUUCCCCCUCCGCGUUCCGUCGUUUUAUGGGUGUAUAUCCAUUCGUCCGCGGCGUGGUGGUCAGCGGGGGUGACGGAGUUCAGAGGAGGGUCGUAGCGGGGGAACGCUGAGGCGCCCGCACGCUUUUCCUGCACGUAGCUGCUCGGAGGAGUUUCCUGGGAUGUGCUCCCAUCUGUCUUCAAAAAAGAACAAGCGGCUUCCGAGCGAGCAGGAGUGAUAUAAAGACCUGUGGGCUCCGAUCCCCGUCAACUCCCCUCCGACCCACAACUUUCUGCUGGAGCGACACGGGAGGAGGCUGAUCCUGGACGUUAAUGUCGGGAGAAAAACACAGAUCGCAGCUUGGUUGGUGAAGGGGGACCUUCCAUCACUGGAGCGGUGCAUCGCGGAGAAAUGAGCCCGGGGCCGGCGGAGCUCCUUCGGGGAUCUCCAAACUAGCCCCCCGCGUGUGGGGUAUUAAUAAUAGUAACAGCAUUAUUCCUCUCUCGAUGUGCUGCAGCACCCAGAUGAACGUGGACUGGCGCCUUCACGCGUGGAAAAUGAAGAUUUUCACUCACACAUGUGUGACCAGAAGCCAAGAUCACGUUAUUUAAUGGUCUGCAUUUUUUUUCCAGGGCUCGCACACAUCACGGACUCUGCUGGGGAGAUACUCAUACAUUUAUUACCACCACCCCCCACCCCCGGCGUACGACUGGGGGCAACCUUGAAUCACUUGUCCUCAUUGGACCUCCACUUUUUAUGAAUUGUUUUUGAACUUUUGAUUUUUUAAAUUAACAUUCAACCCCUCGAGAUUGGAGGUGUUUCUUUUUUGUUGUUGUUGUCGGAGCACAACUUCCCCUCAAGUCAAAAUGAGGCGGUGGACGCUGAAGCUGAGAGCACAGAUCGUGUUUUUUAUCAUCUGCACCUGCAUCAUAUGCCAGUGUGGACUAACAAACGGAGAAAUAUGCCCGAGCAAGGACAUCCGGAACAAUGUGACCACCCUCCAGUCGUUGGAGAACUGCACCAUCAUCGAGGGACACCUGAAGAUUCUGCUCAUGUUUAAGACCAAGGCCGAGGACUUUCGUGGCCUCAGCUACCCAAAGCUACGAGUAGUGACCGACUAUGUGCUUCUCUUUAGGGUCUACGGCCUUGAGAAGCUCAGCGAUCUCUUCCCUAACCUGACAGUGAUCCGCGGCAACAACCUCUUCUUCAACUACGCUCUUGUGAUUUAUGAGAUGCUGCAGCUGAAAGAGGUGGGCUUUUACAGUCUCAUGAAUAUCACCCGGGGCGCCGUGAGGAUUGAGAAGAACCCAGACCUGUGCUAUCUGGCCACCUUGGACUGGUCCAAGAUCCUAGACUCGGUUGAGGACAACUUCAUCGUGGCCAAUAAGAACGAGAGGGAGUGUGGAGACGUGUGUCCUGGCACGGCCCAAGGUCAGACCAUCUGCCCGCAGAACACCAUCAACGGACACUUCAGGUCACGAUGCUGGUCGCAGAACCACUGUCAGACAAUGUGCUUGGACAACUGUAAACAUGGUGGGUGUAACCUCCAGGGCCAAUGCUGCGACCACCAGUGCCUGGGUGGCUGUACUGAGCCAGGUAAUGCAAGUAGCUGUGUGGCCUGCAGGUUCCUCCAGCAUGGGAACACCUGUGUGGAGAAAUGUCCUGCGGGACACUAUGUCUUCAGGGGCUGGCGCUGCGUCAGCUUCUCCUUCUGCCAGGACCUUCACAACCAGUGUAAGCAGACUAAGAAAUUGAACCAGGAUCGAGAGUUGAGCUGCAACGAAUACGUCAUCCAUAAUGGGGCCUGUAUUCCAGAGUGUCCUUCUGGAUACACCACUAUAAACUCCACUACGUUGACCUGUUCACCUUGUGCAGGCCUGUGUCCUAAACUGUGUGUUGGAAAUAAGACGAUUGAUUCGGUAAACUCAGCCCAGGCUCUGCGAGGCUGCACGGUUCUCCACGGCAACAUGAUCAUCAAGAUUCGAGGAGGGAAUAACAUAGCUGCUGAGUUGGAGGCUAGUCUGGGCCAGCUUGAGGAGAUCACAGGCUACCUGACUGUUCGCCGAGCGUACGCACUGGUCUCCCUCUCCUUUCUACGCAAACUACGUAUCAUCAGGGGGGAGCAUCUCGAGGCAGAUAUUUACGCCUUCUAUGCGCUGGACAACCAGAACCUGCGAGAAUUGUGGGAUUGGUCCAAGCACAACAUGACCAUCCCACGUGGUCGCAUGUUCUUCCACUACAACUCCAAACUCUGCAUGACUGAAAUCAGAAAAAUGGAGGAGAUAACAGGAACCAAGGAUCGCAACCAAAAGAAUGACAUCGCUGUACGCAACAACGGGGACCAAGCCUCCUGUGAGACUAAGCUGCUGAAAUUCACUGUGAUCAAGACUGCAUUCAAUAUGAUUAUUCUGAAGUGGGAGCCCUUUUGGCCGUUAGAUUUCAGAGACCUGCUGGGAUUCAUGGUUCUCUACAAAGAGGCGCCUUAUAGGAAUGUGACAGAGUUUGAUGGCCAAGACGCAUGUGGCUCUAACAGCUGGGCAAUUGCCGAUGUUGAUACUCCAUCCCGUUCCACUGAGGGCAAGAGGGGGGAGGAUCCGGGGCACCUAAUCCGACCACUGAAGCCCUGGACCCAGUAUGCCAUAAUGGUUAAAACUCAACUGUCUGCCUCUGAUGAGCACCAAGUUCAUGGAGCCAAGAGCGAGAUCAUUUACGUCCGCACCAAUGCCACCAAGCCCUCAGUGCCUCUCGACCCCAUCUCCUCCUCCAACUCCUCCUCUCAGAUCAUCCUGAAGUGGAAGCUGCCAACAAGUCCCAACGGCAACAUCACCCACUACCGCAUCAUCUGUCGCAAGCAGGCUGAGGACAGUGACCUCUACAAGUUCGACUACUGCCUACAAGGGAUGAAGCUGCCGUCUCGCACCCCGACCCACCUGGACAGUGAGGAUGAGCAGAAGUGGAACCACACAGAUGAACCCACCUCAGGGGGAAGGUGCUGCGCCUGCCCCAAGACGGACACCCAGCUAAAGAAGGAGCAGGAGGAGAUCGAGUACCGCAAGACCUUCGAGAAUUACCUGCACAACGAAGUCUUCGAGAGCAGACCGUCUCGCCGUCGACGCUCAGUGGGAGUUGCAAACGCCACCCUCCUCCCUAACUUCCUCACCACAGCCCCCAGUUUUCCAUUUGGCUCCACGACAGCCAGCCCUGGGGACGACGACAAGGGCGAUGAGGAAUCCAAGGUGGAACUGAAGGUGAUGUCGAAGGAGUCAACAGUCAUUUCCAACCUGCACCACUUCACCAGCUACAAGAUAGAGAUCAUGGCCUGUAACCACGCGACGGACAUCAAACGCUGCAGCAUGGCUACUUAUGUCAGUGCCCGAACAAUGCCUGAGGAGAAAGCGGAUGACAUCCCAGGCCCCGUCACUCAUGAGAUAGUGACGGCUGAGCCUCCCUAUGUUUUGAUAAAAUGGAACAAACCCCCAUCCCCCAACGGCCUCAUCAUCCUGUAUGAGGUGUUCUACAGGAAAGUUGGAGACUCAGAGGUUCACACAGCUUGUGUGUCACGGCCGUCCUACAUCAAGUCAGGUGGCACGAAGCUCUCGCUUGUGCAGCCUGGUAACUACAGCGUGAGGGUCCGCGCCACCUCCCUGGCAGGAAAUGGUUCUUUUACAGAAACCACUUACUUCUUCAUGCCCAAUCCGGAUCCAGGUUUAAUUUGGAUUGUGAUCGGUCCAGUCAUCUGCUUUAUCCUGCUGCUAUUUGUGGGUGCUGGAGCCUUGUGGUUAAUUAAGAAGAGACAAACAGAAGGGCCGACAGGACCUCUUAUCGCCUCCUCAAACCCUGAGUACAUCAGCGCUAAUGAUGUGUAUGUUCCUGAUGAGUGGGAGGUGCUCCGCGAGAAGAUCACGGUGCUCAGAGAGCUCGGUCAGGGCUCCUUCGGCAUGGUCUACGAGGGUAUCGCCAAGGACAUCAUUAAAGGAGACCCGGAUACUCGCGUGGCCGUCAAGACGGUCAACGAAUCAGCCAGCCUGCGGGAGAGGAUCGAGUUCCUCAACGAAGCCUCCGUCAUGAAGGCCUUCAGUUGUCACCAUGUGGUGCGUCUGUUGGGUGUGGUGUCCAAAGCUCAGCCCACCCUGGUCGUGAUGGAGCUGAUGACCCACGGGGACCUGAAGAGCUACCUGCGGGGUCUCAGGCCCGAGUCAGAGAACAAUCCUACGGGGCGGUCACCUCCCACGCUGAAGGAGAUGAUCCAGAUGGCUGCAGAGAUUGCAGAUGGCAUGGCCUACCUCAACGCCAAGAAGUACGUCCACAGAGACCUGGCAGCAAGGAACUGCAUGGUAGCGGAGGACUUCACUGUCAAGAUCGGAGACUUUGGAAUGACGCGAGACAUCUAUGAGACUGACUACUACCGUAAAGGAGGGAAGGGUCUACUUCCUGUCAGGUGGAUGGCUCCUGAAUCGCUGAAGGACGGAGUCUUCACUGCCCACUCUGACUGCUGGUCAUUUGGCGUCGUGCUGUGGGAGAUCACUACGUUAGCAGAGCAGCCUUACCAGGGUUUGUCCAACGAACAGGUUCUAAAGUUCGUCAUGGACGGAGGAUACUUAGACAGGCCUGAGAACUGCCCCGAGAGAAUGCACAGCCUCAUGCAGAUGAGCUGGCAGUACAACCCCAAAAUGCGGCCGAUGUUCCAGGAGAUCAUCGAGAUGCUGCGGGAGGACCUGCAUCCCUCUUUCCAAGAGCUCUCCUUCUUCUACAGUGAAGAGAACAAAGUCCCCGAGACAGAGGAUUUUGAUCUGGACCUGGACAACAUGGAGAGCAUCCCCCUGGACCCAUCGUCGUACUCUCAGAGAGAAGAGAGCUUAGGCAGGGACAGCGGGCCCUCGGUGGCCCUUAGGGGGAACUAUGAGGAGCAUGUCCCCUACACACACAUGAACGGUGGCAAGAAAAACGGACGAAUCUUAUCGUUGCCCAGAUCCAGCCCUUCCUAACAUUUCCUGUCCCCUUAACAAACUUGUUGAAUCUUCCCUGCUCCUUUUCUUCUUUCUGUUCCAGUCCAUUUUUUUUCUGUAUCCUUCACGUUCUUCUCAUCCUUUUCUAAUGCUUCUUAUUCUUGGAGAAGCCCCUUCAAAAAACGACACAGAUCUCAGGACUUUUUAUUUUCUUCCUCAUGGCUGCCAAACACAGGCAACCAAGGGAUGCAAACAGAGUGCAACACUUCCUCCACAACGCAUCGGGCUGUCGAUUACCAGAUUACUUAUCUAUUGUUUUUCACUAUUGCCAUGUUUCCAGGACUCAUCGUGAUGGAAACAUAUUGAAAAAAAACUGUGAACUCUACAAACCUUAGACAACCAAGAUGGCUGCUUACGCUCAACCUCCUCAAGACUUGUCCCUACUUUAGCCUCUUCCACCAAAUCUGCAUUUCCACUUUUCUGUGCUUUGUCAUUUUUCUCCCAUUGAAACCUUUUUACUCAGAUAGUGGCCUUUUUAUAUGUGGCCUAUAAACAAAGAGGAGUGUCUAUCAGCGCUUACACUAAUUUUCCUUUUGAACAAUGAAUCCGUUUGGAACAGUGGGAUGACUUGCAAAGACUUGAUCCUAGAACAAAACAUCGAUUCCUAGAAUGUUUUCUUUUAGUUUUAUCUUUUUCAUUUUUGGUUCUGCAGAAUUCCAAACUACACACAGAUUCAUCGGGUGUUUGGUGAAUAGUUUUAAUUUAUUUACUCUUAUCAUUAUUUUCUCUUCUCUCUCUUUCUUUCUGCGUCCUCACUAUAUGGCUGAAGGAUAUUUAAACAGUUAAAGAAUUGGACAAAAGAGUUCAUCAGACUGACCAAUAGCUGCUGCUUUGAUAUAUUUUACUGGGUAUAUAAAUCUAUAAAUAUAUAUAAUAUAUAUAUAGUAUAUAUGGAAUAUUGGCAUUUCUGCACCAAUAUUUUAUAUAUAAUAUAUGACAAACUGAUGUUUUUGUAAAUAGUUCAUAUUUGUAAGAUUAUUUUUUUGCUAGUAUUUUGUUUUGCCAGGUUUUUUCUUUUCUUUUUUUCUUUCUUAUUUUCGUAGCCCCAGAAAUCACACAAACGUACCAUUAGUGCUCUCUGCGUCUUAGGCCUCCAGACCCCCAACCUCCACCUCGACCUCCACCCCUCUAACACUCUCUCCAUUGAGACGGGAAAGAGGAGCGUCACAAAAUAUUGUAAACUCACCGCAUCUUUUAUUUUUUAUAAACCUCGCUCCCACCGAGAGCUGUUGACAUUGGAAGCAGAUUCACUACAACAGGCGGAAAAAAAUAACACCAAACAAAGAAAAACAACCAAUAAACCAAAAAAGCUUUAAGUGAAAGGGGGAAUGAGGUCUUUGUAGGUUGACCUGCACCUGAUGUGUGUUUGGGUCUGUUCUUGCUCUGGUCAGAUCACGCUGAAAUUAGUUUGGUUAUCACAGGUUGAUUCUGUCGUUCAUGUCAUCGUGCUUGUUGUCAGUCUUAGUUGUCGGUGAGGUCAUAGAUUGGUGUCGAGAGCUUGUCCCGGCCUAGUGAUAGUACUCGACUGUGUCAACGUGCCGCUGGAGGCUUCUCAGUGGGGUCUUUGCUGCUUGUGGUCAGAGCAGGAUGGGAGUGGACACCUGCUCUCAGCAAAAUGCAGGAAAAGUGGAUAAUCAUUUUUGUAUUUUGUUUUCCGGCCCUAAACAUCCUCAUACGUUUCCUUCCACUCGACAUCCUUGGUGUUGGAUGGAAGUUUUUAUUAAAUUCAGCCCUCUUAUUGUCCCUCUGUUAGAUUUGCUCUGCACCGCAUACCUCCUGCUUCCUGAGGCCUCCCAUUGGCUGUUAAAAUCGCUGCUCAAAACCAGGCUGGUGGAAAUUUCCACGUUUUCCACGUGUAGGGCUGAGAGAGAAACGUGGAAAGUUCUGAGUGUAUUCAGAGUCCACAGCAGGUUGUGGAGAGAGGAGGGCAGCGUCUCUGUCUCUGUCUUUCAGUGCGUCUGAGAGAGAGAGAGAGACGGAGUGUGAGUGAUUGUUAAUCCUAUUAUUCUCUCUGCUAUCACAUGCAGCUCGGCAGUCAGGACACAGUGUGCAGCAGCUAUUUCACUCAGGUCUGACAUUCCAGGAUUCUGUUGGAACUGCUUGUUCCCUCGCGCCCCCCCGCCCAUGUUAUGCCUGCCUGCUGGCAACACUGAUAUCAUCACCGCACCCCAUCAGUGCACACAUGAAAGACUGCUUUCUUUUAUAUUUCUUCUUAAUAAUCAAUUGCUAGAGAUGCAGGGGAAAACAGAUUUAGUUAAAAAGAGAAAUGUGUCCCUCCUGCUGGGAAUCAAAACAUUCCCUUCAAAUGUUCCCUCACACAGAGCUACAGUAAAGUCAGUGGUGCUUGGUGCUGACCCCUCGUUUUGUCUCUUUAGGAUCGUAACUUUUGUCCGGAGCCUGAAGGCCUCUUUAAUCUGGUAACGCUCCUUUCUCACUCUCUAACACUUCAGCAGAUGACAACAGUCAGCAGACGAGUAGAUAUGAUUUCUUAUUCGUGAGGACACAGACCAGUGUGGUUGCCAAUCUAGCCGGACAGCGUUCAGCACUAAUAGUAUAGCCAAAGUGUUGGCAGCUUGCUGUCAACAGUGAGAACCCACAGACUCGGACUCAGAAGGCGGAGAAGCUUCCUCCACAUUUUACCAGUGCCUUCUCAAACCCACAGCCACGUCCAGGCUAGUUCUGUGAUCUCCUGUCAAUCUUUCUCAUGACGACAUAAGGCAUAGAAAUCAGAGCAGUCAUUUGUAUCGGGCGGCUCCAUGGAAGAGGAAUCAGAGUCUUUGGGGGCAGUUUUUCCUGUUAUGUGGUUGAACGCUGAAGUUCAUCGGUGCAUCAGCGGUGACAAUGUGGUUUGGCCUGAGUCUCGGAGCGCUCGGAGGUGCCUGAGGUUGUGAUUAUUAAUUAAUAAUUGAUGAAUUAUUCUGAGAAGUUACAAUCUUUGGCUUUUUUACUUUGUAAAUAAUCUGUGACAGUUUUGAAAAUAAAAGCAAAAUUUAAAAAAUAGGUAACAAAAAAAUCUGAUGCCCGUCGGUUGCGUGUACGUGACAGAAAAAUGGUGGAGGUCAGCUCUGUCACACUUCCACACUACGUACUAAUACCUGCUCUGAUCUGAAGAGUGAAUUCUCUGGUUUGACAUGUUCCAUUAUAUACACAUUACUCGAAACCCAUGUGGAAUUGGUAUGUAGUGUGGAAGUGGAAUGUGGCUCUCGACCCCAUCUCGACCUAGGUUGCUUAUCUUGUGGUGGUGUUCACACACAUAUGCAAUUUUUAAUUAAGAUGGUGCCCAUAUCUUUGAAAUACCAGAUAUUUAUUUUAUUAUGAUCAUUGUCGAUGUAUAAGAAGAAACACAGUUAGCUUUUUAGUCGAGCGUUUUUAACGUGUUUGCGCGUUGAGCGAUGUAAAGCCCUAGUUUGUUAUUGUACAGGAGGAGCAGCUGGUGGUGAGCAGCAGGAGUACUGGUUAGUUAGUUAGUUAGUUAGUUAUCUAGUUAGUUAGUUAGUCAGUAAGUAAUUGUUGUUGUCUUUGUGUUUGGCCAGAGUCUACCUCAGUGCAUAUGGAUGAAUCAGUCUAAAAGGAGCAAAUCAUCCCCGUCAGUCGCUCAAUAUCCCGUCAUUUCAAAUAAUAUCAUGUUUUAUCGUACUUACAGACACUGCUGAUGAACUAGUUUCCACUGUGGUGUUUAUAUUUCCUCCGACUCUUUAGUUUUCCCAGUUUCAUCGUCCUCUUGUGUCCGGGGGAACAUUCUCCGUGACUGUGGUUAUUAUUGGAAACAAUGCCAGUCACAUUUUGUCCCUAUUUUGUUUUAAAUAUUAAGAUUUAUUGUCUUAUUUUAUAUUAUUGGAACAACCCUCUAAAUAUUUUUUUCUCAUUUUUAUGCUCAGCAUGUAACAUGGGUUAGAUCCGACAUUAAAUUGGCUCUAUGGGCAGUGUUGAUUAUUACUACAGUUCAUAAAGAGGCUUCCCCCGGGCGCUGGAAGAAGCUACGUAUCUCACAUAAAUCCUCUCUUCUCUUGUAGUAGCGGCUCUACUUGUUUCUGGGAAUACGACAUUAGCAUGAGCAAAGAGAAAAGAAGAAAGUCUUGUGAUUCUCAGAGCACGCUGUAUCUGUGAUCACCUCCAUGCAGCCGACACUUAACAGGCUCAGCUCAUGCUUUUUUCUUUUUCUUUUUUAAAUCUCAUCUUGUCUAAACCUGUUGUUCGGCGGAAAGCCCUACUCUUCCUACUCCUCUUCUUCUUCAGUCUGUCAAUCUGUCUCUUUGUGGUCACAACAGUUAUGGUUCCGAUCCCACGUCUCCUCCGGUCAUCCUCAAUUCAUUCAUUUGUUGAUCUGCUUUUGUUCUUGUAUGUAUAUUUUUUCUACUGUGAAUAUCAAGAGAUGACCUUGAUUUUCUGUCAAUGCCAUGGAUUGGGUCUGUUGUGGCUGAUCGGGACACAGACACCUGGGCUGGUUCAAAGUUUUAAGGAGGAGGAACCACGUGUCCCCUCCUCUCUCUGCAAAGAAGAAAAGAUGGACUGGGACAAUCCUGUGUGCCAUACGAACUAUAAACAGACAUGAAAUCUAGAUUGUAACUUUUCGUCUCAGGGAGGCGGCCUGAUGCUUUGUGGCUGGAGGAUAAAGAGGGUGAGGAGGAGGAGGAAGAGCUACCUACCUACCUUUUAUCGACCCUGACUGAAGGGCAAGUUCUCAGCUUCCUUGCAAAAAGAGUAAAAAUGGAGAUGAUGAGCCCAACGACAAGUUUUCAACAAAAAAAAACCAAACAUCCUUUUUUUCAUGAAUAAAAAUUCUCCCACUUGUUCAAAGACGAUCAGGAAUCCCCUGCUCUCUCUCUGACGUGACGUGGUUUGGACUGCCCUCUAGCGAUUGGACGGGAGCGUUGCAGGUCAGGGGUGGCAAAGCAAACAGGGCCCCCGACCGAUAGUGCCUUGCUCUGACUAAUAGCCUGCCUGACCCCCCCCCUCCCACCCAGUCCACAGCCCUCCUCCCCCGCCUCGUGAGCAGAACUGCCACUGACUGGUGUGUCUCCACCAAUCACUGCAGAGGAUCUUUCCACCUCCAAAACAUGGAAUGAAAAAUACACGAAUUAUGUUUUUAAGCGUCCUGUUUUCUUUAAAGGAAAAAAACAACAUUCUAACUGUAAUUUGGGAUUAUUAUGUGACUCUUUUUUUUUUUUUUACCCAAAAGAAAAAAGAAAUGUUGAACUUGUGUCUCUACUCUGCUAAGCUCUGGCUUGCUCUGUGCAUGGAAAAUGAAUUGUCUAUACCAGCGGAUAGCUUAUUAAUUUGAUGUUUACUGAUUUUCUUUUCUUUUGCUUCUCAUCAGUCUGUUUUCAUAAUGAUGCGCCAAAGCACAUGCAGAAACCCUUGAUUAGCAGCAAGUGACUCCAUUACAACUGGGGGUUAGUUUCCAUUUGUGGUGCAUUCACUUGCUCCAGGACAUUUAAAAAUGAAAUGAACUGAUUAAUAAGCUCUUAACUGUAAAUAGCAGCAGAUCACCUUGGCUCCUGAAAAAAACGAAAGCACUUGAUCUUAGGGAAGUUUAGGUUUGUUUUGUUGAACUCUGGUGCCCUAAAAAGCGGUUGGACAGAGCAUGCUCGUAAAGCAGUGCAGGGUGAGAACAAAGCAUUGUAUGUAUUGUUUUGUUUUAAAGAAAAGAAAAAAGUAUUACAUUUUAGAGAUGUCGAUUUCUAUUUUUUUUUUUUGCCAAAGUAGGGAGGGCAAAAAUACAAUUUACUUUUUCUGACUGUAAACUUUUACUAUUGUACAUUAUGAAUUUAACAUUGUUAUCAAUGUGUAUAUAACUUUUUUUCUAAAUUUAAAAAGAUAGAUAUUGUUUUUUGUUGUCGUUUUCGUUUUGUGUUCAUGACACAACCCACUACACAGAAACGAGCAGAGUCAAGUCUGUGGUAGUUUUUACCAGGAGCAGCACAACUCCAGUCUGAGGGCUUAACCCUGUGUAACAACACACAUACAAUACGUGGCCUGAGAUGUUUUCACAGCGACCCCUGCUCUUAAUCCGAUGCAUGUUCUGAAUGUUGGCCUCCGAAGAGGUCACACGUUUGAACCGCCCCUGCCCAGCCACAGUGACACGUCACCCGUAAAGCCUUUUUCUUGUGUCAUAAACGCAUCGCCUAUCGCUGAUGUUGUCGUAUGGUAAUUGUUUCUGACAAGAGAUGUGUGUUUAGUUUGCAAAUGUGUUUUAAUUUUUUUUUAUUGUGAAAAACUGGAAAAGACCACUGCAUGUCCUUUUUGAAGAAGAGGAAGCAUGAGUGAUAAAAUCCUGAAUAAGCUAAAAACAAAAAAAAAGGAAAAGUGAGCUCAUGGUUCAACGACAAUGAAUUAUAAAGUCGACUGUAGAGCUGGAGCUGGUAAACGAUUAGUUUGACAUUGUGGGGAAAUAUGCGCUAAUUUACUUUUGAAUGCAGAGUUUGAUGAAACGAUCAAUAUCUCAUCUCUAAUGUGCUAGACUUUAAAGUAACAGGUUGUAGCCAUGUAGCUUAGCAUAAAGGCAAGAACAAAAUCAGGAAACGGCUAAAAUCCACCUUCCAAAAAAAAAAACAUCCAUCCAUUAUCUUGAUCACUAUUACUUUGAGGGCCGGAUCUCAUCUGAUACCAGGGCGAGAGGCUCAACAAGAACAGUUGUGUGAAAACAUACAUUUUAUCAUUUUAUGUCAGAUCAUAGUCCAACAUGUGGCCCUUUAGAAAUAUUUCUAACUUAGACUUAACCCUGUUUUUUAAUUUGUGAACUUUUAUAUUAUGUUUAUCUGUGGACAGAUUGGCCGUUUCCCUGUUUCCAGUCUUUAUGCCAGGGGCGGGGCCAGGGGGCCACUGGCCCCAGCCGUCAUCUGAUUGGCCCCUGAAGUGCCCCUUUUUUUUUAACUAGUCUCUAAAUAACAAUAGAUAAGAAAGUGUUAAGAAUCUUGUUUUCGAUUCAACAAUUGACCUCAACAAGGAACAAUUAAAAAUAAAAUAUUCAGAAUUGUUUGGCUUUGCUCACAGCUCUAGAUCUGAUAGUAAACAAGGACUUCAAUGUGCACCUUACUGAUUCAAUCUGAAAUGUGCAUGGAUGUCGGAUGAAUAAUUGGCCGCUCUGUAUAUAAAUUGUGGCCCCAUUAUGGCCCCCCGAUAUAGAAAAAGGCUAGAUCCGCCACUGCAUCUUCUAUUUAGAGGAGGAACAUGAGAGUAGCAUCACUCGCUGCUUCCUGACAGUAAACAACCAUCUUUCCCUGAAAGUCAAACUGCUCCGUGGAGGUGGCUGAGUGUAAAUCGGCUGUAAAUUAAUUUAGUACUGUCGGUCAGGAGUGUGCCGAUGAGCUCGUCCUGUUUGUGUUAUUGAUGAGGCAGACGGUGGUGAUAUUGAGGGUGUUGCUGCAGGUGUGGUGACUGACGGUUAGAAGACAAAUCUGAGGAGACGCAGCCUCUUCUUUACUCUUCGUCACCCGUCAGUCCAGUGGUCUGCUCCAGUUUACGCACCAGUACCUUCUACUUGUCUCUAUCCUGUUCCCUGUGCUGUGCGUCGUUUAAAUCGGUGGAGUUGUGUCUGUGUUGUCCUCAGUUGAAGUCUUUAUUUCCACGGCUUUCUUUGUCUUGCUGCUCUUCCUCCUCCUCCUCUGUGUGUCCGUCAAGUCUCUUUCUCUCUUCGGUGCACAUAGGUGGUCCUCCCCCAGAAUGCUGUGUGUAGUCUUGCAGGAUACCUCUUUUAUUAGUGUCAUUUUUAUUGCAGAUGAAAAUGCUGAUGUAUUAAUUUUUUGGGAUAUGUUGUGUAUACAUUAUGUUGAGACAUCGGUGCGUAUGCAGACAGGUGUAUAUGUGUGUAUGUACAGUCCAGACUCCCCCUGAACCCGCAACAACCCACAGAGAUCGCUUCAUCCCUCACACUGGAUCCAAAUGUGCCAUUAUCUUUAUGUAUCACAUAUAUCAACAUAUUCAACACACACACACACACACACACAAACAUACACACAGAGAUACACAGAAAUACAUGCAUAUUGUACAGGAUCAAAAAUGUGCCAUGACUAAAUGAACGCUUGACAAUUUAUUUUUUCUAUGUUUUCAAAGGAGAGUCAAGUAGUGACAUGUACAGAAAAUGUUGCAAUGAUAUGAAAAUAAAAAUCUUGCUGUGUGUAAAUUAUUCAACAAUUAACUGUUUAUAUUAAAAUUAUGAAUAAAAUUAUUGGAGAAAA